CUUUCCGUCUCUCUGCCCUUCCAUGUAAUCAAACGCACCUUUUCCAUUACUGUAUUUGCGCUGCGUUGCUUUAAUUGUGGUUUUCCACUUAUCCACAGGAGUAAUCAACUUUUCCAUCCAAAAAGUGCAUGCGUGAUCUUCAAUGGAGGUGGAGAAUGGAGAUACGAGGUCGAAGAUAGAAGACUACGAAGUAAUAGAGCAUAUUGGCAGAGGAGCUUUCGGAGCUGCUUUUCUGGUUCUCCACAAGGCUGAAAACAAAAGGUAUGUUCUAAAGAAGAUUCGUUUGGCUAAGCAAACAGAGAAGUUCAAGCGCACAGCACAUCAGGAGAUGAACUUGAUGGCCAAUCUAAAUCACCCGUACAUCGUGGAGUACAAAGAUGCUUGGGUUGAGAAGGCGUGCUGCGUGUGCAUUGUGACUGCCUACUGUGAGGGAGGUGACAUGGCAGAGAUUAUACGGAAGGCAAGGGGAGCAGUUUUCUCAGAGGAGAAACUAUGCAAAUGGGUGACACAGCUGUUACUAGCCUUGGACUAUCUGCACUCCAACCGUGUCCUUCACAGGGACCUGAAGUGUUCCAACAUAUUCCUCACAAAGGAAAAUGACAUCCGCCUCGGCGACUUUGGACUGGCAAAAUUGCUCGGCACAGAGGACCUUGCUUCAUCGGUUGUUGGAACCCCCAACUACAUGUGUCCGGAGCUCCUAGCAGAUAUUCCUUAUGGCUACAAAUCUGACAUAUGGUCACUUGGUUGCUGUAUGUUUGAGAUUGCUGCACAUCAACCGGCUUUCAGGGCUCCUGACAUGGCUGGACUUAUAAACAAGAUAAACAGAUCCUCCAUUUCUCCGCUCCCAAUUCUAUACUCAUCCACACUGAAACAGAUUAUUAAAAGCAUGCUAAGGAAGAGUCCUGAACACAGACCAACUGCUGCAGACCUCUUAGGACAUCCACAUUUGCAGCCAUACCUCCUGCGCUGCCGCAACCCUUCCUCCAUCUUUCUUCCAGUGAAGCCUGCAAAAAACACUAAAGACAAAACAAGAAAAUUAUCAUCUAGCAGAUCAAGUGGUGGCAAAGACAAUGGAGAAGCAGUAAAAAUGUCAUCACGGAAGGAAAAUUCAGAUAAGCAGCAGUUGAGUUCAUCAAACAAUGACCAGCCAGACAUCACUGCCAAGGCAGAAUAUAACCUUGAAACCAAGAGAGUUGAUCCUACCCGCUACCCUGAAGAUGGAUUGAAUGGUAGCGAGGAUGUAAAAGCCAGGGGCUCCACUCGUGACUUAACAGCUAGCAAUGAAGCUAAGCAAGUGUCCUUUAACUUGCUCACACUAACAGAAAGCACCAGUACCCAAAGUACCAGUACCAGCAGCACAUUGAAUUAUCAGGUCGAACUUGAAGAGUGUGGAAAUGCCACUCUGGGAGAGAAUGUAAAGGACCAUCAGAUCUUUAGUACUCAACAAGUUAAUGGGGACACUAUAAUGCAGAGAGUGGGUGCUAAAGGGGGCUCCGCUGAUCAUAAAAAUUCAUCUCCAGCUACAGAUAAAGCAAGACAAGAACAUGAAGAAACUGAUAAAAGUUGUUUGCUCAAACUGAACAAACCUGAAUCAUACACAGAAGGCAUAACUGUAGAAUAUGCAUCAUCUGGAAGUGAUGAUACAGUUCCUUCCAAAAAAGACGCAGUGAUAAAGACCGCAAAUGCUGGUAACUCCAUGCAGAUUGAGAAAUAUGCCUUGCAAGUGUUAAAUCAGGCAUCAAGUAACAUUUCAUUGCUGAGUACACUAGCUGCAGUGGGUGGGAACAGUGAUAGCAAGAGGGAGUGGGGCAAUCCGAGCCAGCAACGAGCUGAUGCCCUGGAGUCUCUGCUCGAGCUUUGUGCACGGUUGCUUAAGCAGGACAAGCUUGAAGAGCUUGCUGGCAUUCUUAAACCGUUUGGGGAAGAAGCUGUCUCAUCCAGGGAAACAGCAAUUUGGCUGACCAAGGGUCUCAUCACUGCCCAAAAAUAUGUUGAAGGAAGCUGAGGCUUUUAGCAAUUUGAGGUGGAGUACUCUUUCUUUUCCUAUUUAUUCUCAAAAUUGGUUUAAUUUAUAGAUUGCGUUCCCUUUGAGAGGUGAUUUGAUUGGAAUUAGAAGAUGCAAAGAAUAAGCAUUAACAUAAGAACAUUUUGAUUAAACAUCCGCAAUCACUCUGGGCUGAAUAAAUCUCUCUGGCUUCUAUGGCAUGGCAUGUCAAGUCAAUUAUUGCUGGAUCAUCUGGAUAAUUUGUACAAAAUUUCUAGUUUUAAAUACUAGCCAAUAUAGUAAAAAC